CUUUUGGCAGUUGAAAGAUUUAUACUUUAUUUAGGCCCUAUUUUCCAACAACUCAAUCGAAGCAAAACUCUCUUCUAUCUCAAAUCUAUUUCUCUUUGUCCAAUGGAAUUUCAUACUCUUUCACAUGUAGAAGCCGUUGUUGGAAUUCUAGUCUUUGCCUUCCUAUUCUUUCUCAUAGGAAAAGCAAAAACUUGGAAAAAUAGCAAAAAAUUUGGACCACCCCCGCCAGAACUUCCAGGUGCUUGGCCAAUUAUAGGCCAUCUUCCUCAAAUCCUAAAUGACACUUUAGACGGCCGCAUUAGGAGCAGCAAGGACGGUGAAAUUCCUCUGGCCCAUACUUUAGCCGCGUUAGCAGAUAAGUAUGGGCCAGUUUUCACCGUCCGUCAAGGAAUGUUCACAAUUGUAGUUGUGAGCAGUUAUGAAGCAAUUAAAGAAUGCUUCACUACACAAGACAAGAAUUUGGCUAAUAGAGUAGCCACUUGUUCUUGUAAGUAUCUUGGCUAUGACCAUGCAAAUCUUACUUUUGCAAAUUAUGGCCCUUAUUGGCGCAUGGUUCGAAAAUUGGUCGUUAACAAUUUGCUCUCGGGUAAGAGUUUAGAGAGAUUGAAGCAUGUUCGAAUUGCAGAAGUGGACAGUAGCAUCAAGGAGUUGUACACACUUUAUGUGGCUAAUAAAGCAAAUAAUGUACCUACUAAAGUUGAUAUUGGCCAUUGGUUCGAUGAUAUGAUGUUAAACAUAACGGUCAAGAUGAUUGGUGGAAAGAGAUAUAGCCAGGUCAGUGAUAAAAAAGAGGAGAAGGAAGAAGCGGAACGUUUCAGAAAAGCAUUCAACGAAACGAUGUAUUAUCUAGCUUUGGUUGGAAUAGAGGAUGCAUUUCCAAUUCCAAUACUCCAAUGGCUGGAUUUACAAGGGAAUAUUAAGGUGAUGAAACGUAUAGCUGAUGAAAUGGACGUUAUUCUUCAGCGUUGGCUAGAUGAUCAUACUAAGAAGAGAAAGAUGAAUGAGUCUUCUGGUGCUGGUAAUAUUGAUGAUAAUGAUCAAGAUUUGAUUGAUAUAAUGCUAACGGAGUUGGACAAGGAUGAUGUCCAGUAUGGUUAUUCAAGGGAAACGAUUAUCAAAGCUACUAUGUUGACAAUAGUUUCAGAUGCUACACAUACCACAGCUGUUCACUUGAUAUGGAUAAUUGCCUGCUUACUAAACAAUACGCACGUACUUAAACAAGUCCAAGAAGAAAUUGACACAAAAGUUGGCAAAGAUCGUUGGGUAGAAGAUUCAGAUAUCAAAAACUUAGUGUACUUUCAAGCAACAAUUAAAGAAGUGUUACGUUUAUAUCCACCUUCACCAAUGUUAGUCCACGAAGCCUUAGCAGAUUGUCAAGUACUCGGUUACCAUAUUCGAAAAGGCACACGUUUAUUUGUAAACGUAUGGAAACUUCAAAAAGACCCGAAAUUUUGGCCCGAACCGGAGAAAUUUUUACCAGAGAGGUUUUUAACCGAUAAGGUAAAAGUUGAUGUGUACGGUAAAGAUUUAGAGUUUAUUCCAUUUGGUUCUGGUAGACGAUCGUGUCCUGGAAUUACUAUGGCGAUGCAAGUGACCUAUCUUUCGAUUGCGCGUUUGCUUCAAGCGUUUGAUUUUGAGAUUCCAGGUAACGGGCCGGUGGAUAUGACUGAAGGGCCGGGUUUUACCGCGGUUAAAAAAAAUCCGUUGGAAGUUGUGGUGAAACCUCGUAUGCUUCCUGUGUAUUAUGGGGUUUAAUUAAUAAAGUUAUAUACCAUAAUUUGGUCUCUUUGUUGUUUUAUUAUCAAUAAUGUAUUGUUUGAUCGAGA